GGCUCUUCAGUUUUCGGACAAACAUUCAACCAACACUUGAGAAUACUUUCUUCAUUAGAUUCUUCCGCUACCUAAUUUCAAAAUGGGUAACAAAAACAACCGCGGCCAAGGACAGCUGGUCCCCAUGUCUGUAAAGAUCGCUCAACAGCAGAUGGCUGAGAAGGAUGCUGCUCACAAGAAGUGGGUUGCCCAGAAGGAAGCCAACCGCAAGCAGUGGGCCGAGAAGCAAGCUGAAUGGAAGCAGAGACAGUUUGAGAAGAAGCUGGCUUAUGAGCAUAGACAGUUUGAGAAGAAGAUGGCUGAUGAGCAGAGAAAGCUUGAGAAGAGUAUCAGCGUACAACUUACUAAGGAGAUUGCCGCCACAAUUCAGUUUGAAUGCAUCCAAAAGCAUUACGCCCUAGUUCUUAACCAGAACGGAGAUGAUAGGGAACUUGUCAUCAAUCUUAACUUCGUCGCCGAUCCUCCCACCGAUAUGAUGGCUUUAAUGCAAGUUCUCCCUGAAUACUCCAGGGCCAUCAAUAAGGUCCAAGUCAAGUUAAUCCAGCCUAUUCAACAUGGCUCGCGAGCAAUCUACAACCAACGUGUUGAAAAUAUGAAUAAGUUGGUCGAACAACUCGAUACUUUUCCUCUCACCGAGCUUAAUGUCCUUAUUGACGUCAACAGCGCCGAUAGCUUCCAACAAUUCAAGCUGGCUGCAGCAUUUCAUGGACUCUACAUGGAUGAUUGGACCAUGGAGUAUCAGAUCAUGGCCGGCUCUGAUCGCUAUCCUGUCGAUAGAUAUAGUUCAUACGGAAAGCGUCUCCGUGGUGUUUACCGCACCGAGUUCUGCAAUCAGUAGAAUGCGAAUUUUGUGGCGAUGGUAGUUUUGGGGCGGAUUUACCGAGAAUUAUGAUUUUUUUUACUCUUGCAUAGCA